AUGGCUGAAUCGUCGAGAUCAAAGACUUCGCCUCCGAGGGUAGUAGAAGCCAUCGUUGAAGCUGCAAAGAAUGCCUUUGAUCCGUCACUGGACCCGGGAAGCCAAAAGGCACGACUGAAGGAAUAUGACAGCCUCAUCGCAAGGCAUCCAAAUGCCCUUCCGCCAUGGUUACGAGAGCCCCUCCUGAAAACCCUUACCCUUCUCCCGCUCAGGGCCGACGGUGUUCGCGGGACAUUGGAGUUUGUCUUCUCCGUCCACCCCAGUAAUAAUGCAACCGUAGUGGAAGCAAGCCAACGGCAGAAUAAAGGUGCCGGCAUUACGCAAGAGGCAGUGGCCGUGGCUACGAAGCUUCUGUCCUCGGUCCCGGCAGGGAUCUUGCCCGAGGCCUGGUACAGCGGCAUCUCCGAACAGAUGUUCAGCUUGAUCGACGGCGAAGCAGGACCAGAUCUUGGCAGGACGGCGGCGCAAAUAGUUGGCUUUGGAAUACUCGGAAAGAGGCGAUUCGGCGCUCCCGGGGCACCAGGGUGGCAAGUCUUUGUCCAGCCACUUCUCGAAGACGUCAACCCCUCUCUCUGGGCGGUAGACAGGCAUAUCGGAGCAGAAGCGGUGGCCGGCGCGGAAGGCCUGAUUGACCUAACUCGAGAUGGAAUACUUGUUCCGGCUUCGUCUUGUGAGAAAUCCCUAAACCGCUUGAAAGUCCUCAUACUCUCCAACCCGUCGCCAGGGUUGUGCAAGAGAGUGCUCAGCCCCGUCAUCCUGCAGCUUUGGUGCCUAUCAGCCUGGAAAGGUCUCCCGCCAGCAAUCGAACGGCGGUUCUGCGACCCAGCGCGCACUCUUGUGCAGACAUACCUAAGAUUGUUCAGCAGCUUGGAUGAAAUGCUGCCCAUCGUGCACAACAUCACCUGCGCUGGUUCUACCGACCCACGGAGGCCGAUGUGGCGGUACCAGCUUCACGAUGAAGAGGGGAUCGCAGCGGUCGCACCCCGAGCGUUUGCAUCGCCGCACGGUGACAAUUUCGCCGACAUCGAUGAGAAGGCGGCGACGUUUGUGACGACCAUCAAGACAGCUUGUUCGAGCGAAGACAUUUCCACCGUUUUCGUCCACCUUCUCGGUCGAAGGCUGGAAAGUGCCGAGAAGGCGGAGGGUGGGCAUGUUCAGGUGACAUACGAAGAAACAGACGACAAGGGCCUCGAGCGGGAUUUCAUCGAGGCAAAAGUGUUGCAGCAAUUCAUGGACAAGAUCCCCGAGGAUCUGGUCAGUCGCUUUGACCAGCUCCUGACGGUCAUUUGCCGCGUUCUGACGACGGAUGGGCGAUUGUGCCUCGGAGACGACCUCACCGCAGUCGUUCUUAGUCUUUUGCACCUCGUCAUCACGGCGCCCAACUUCCGGAGGUCCAGCAUCAAGCCAGGUGAGCUCAAAUCCAUCGAGGAAGGUCUUGCGAGGAUAGCGCGGAUGCCUCAGCGUGAGAUUUCGACGACGGCCAAGAACCUGCGAAUGCUUCUGAGGAACAUUGACGAAAUGGAAGACAUGGAUGGGUCUUUGCCGUCGGCGCCGAGCGCUCGGCAGGUGGAGGAUCGGAAAACGUACAAUCUGGCGAUGAGCUACAUCACAGGGCAGAGCGACAACCCACCACCGGUGGUGUCGGAAGGGCUGAAUCUAUUAUCGGGCCUGAUCGUGUCGGAAAGUUCCAUACUGGACAUCACCGCCGUCACGGUCCUGAUGUCUUCCAUGCUCAAGGAAAACGAAGACUACAUCAAUUUCCGGGUGAUGAAGGUAUUCACGCAGCUCGCCAACAAACACCCCAGAUCGACGAUACGGGAGCUGCUUGACAACUACCUCGACGCCCAGGAAAAGUCGUCGACGGACAUUCGGCUACGAUUUGGCGAGGCCUUGGUGCGGGUGAUUGAGCGUCUUGGCGCGACCUUUACCGGCCAGAUGGCAGAGCAAGUCUGCGAGACUCUGCUGUCGAUUGCGGGGCGGCGGGGAUACCGUCCGAAGACGCUGGCGAGGAAGGACAGGGAGGAGAGGCUGCGCAACAUGAAGAUGGCGCAGGGUGAGGAGGCCGACGAGAACGACAACGAGGCGGUGGAUUUGGGCGAACUGACGGCUGAAGAAAGGACCAACAACGACAUACUGGCUCGCAUCAUCCAAGGAUGGGAGAGCAAGCGAGGAAGUGAGGAUGUCCGGAUGCGAACGUCGUCGCUCUCGAUAUUUGGCGUUGCUCUCGAGACGAACAUUGGCGGGAUCGGGCCGACGCUGGCCUCGGACGGCGUGGAUCUCUGUGCCAACAUCCUCACCCUCGAGCCAGAGUUGGAGUUUGGUAUUCUCCGCCGCGCGGCGGUGAUGGCAGUGAUGAGCUUCGUUCGGGCCCUCGACGAGGCGAAAGAAUCGAAGCAGUCUCUCGGUUUCGGCCUGACGAGCUCGAGCCGGACGGAGAUACAACAAACGCUGGCGUACGUGGCGCAGACGGACAACGAUGGACUCGUGCAGCAGCACGCUCACGACGUUGCCGAGAGCCUCGAACACUGGCGGCUCUCGAGCAUGCUACCGAGCCAAGGCGAGAGGACUUUGCCGAGCCUCGGACGACUCGCCGGGCUGCAGCUCAACCUUGAGGGGGCCGUCGUCGAUGCGUCGGACCGCCCUCGACCCCGGAUCGAGGAGGUGGAAUAA